AUGCAGGUCCCAAGUGUAACUCUAGAGGACCUCCAAGCCUUCCAGUCUAAACACUUCCCUGGUCAACAGCCGACCGUGUUGCCCCAAGAAAAUGACCAAACCACAGACGAGGGUCUCGGUUACUACCCAGAUGGAGUGAAGCGCACACUCACAGAUGAGCAGAUCCGGAUUUUCAGACACAGCGAAAUCCACGCCCUACUGCGAGAGAGACAGCUCCGGGAUGAUGAGGCGCAAUACCAAGCUCGUAUGCAGUCAUCUCUAGAUGAUGGAUCAGAGGGUAAACCUCACUCUGCACCGGUGAAGCGGCCUCUAGACGCAGAGUCUCAGACCGAAGGUGGGGAUCAGAAGCGGUCGCAGUCACGGAAGGGGUCUAGGAAACACACCCCGGAGGACAAGCCUUCUAAGCUCCUAGACUACGGGGACGACUCUGAUCAAACACAAAUGGCGAGGCCACCGGUAUCACAGAUGCCCUACCAAGGUCGCAGGAUUAUCUCCUACGAUGACUGA